CCACCCACUUCUUCCGUCACCUCCAGACAUAACCUGCUGCCUGGCUGACUCUGCAGCAGUCAGGCCCUGACGGGACCAUGGCCUCGGUGCAGGCUCCGGGGGGCGCCAGUCCCGGGCAGACCUGCGUGCUGAUGCUGAUCUUCACCGUGCUCCUGCAGUCCCUCUGUGUGGCCAUAACCUACGUGUACUUCACCAACGAGCUGAAGCAGAUACAGGACAAGUACUCCAAAAGUGGCAUAGGUUGCUUCUUAAAAGAAGAUGACAGUUCUUGGGACCCCAGUGAUGAAGAGAGUAUGAUCAACCCCUGCUGGCAAGUCAAAUGGCAGCUCCGUCAGUUUAUUAGAAAGAUGAUUUUGAGAACCUAUGAGGAAACCAUUCCUACAAUUCCAGAAAAGCAACAGAACAUUCCUCACUUAGAAAGAGAAAAAGGUCCUCAGAGGGUAGCUGCUCACAUAACCGGGACAAAUCGGAGAAGAAGCACAUUCUCAGCAAUAAGCUCCAAGAAUGAAAAAGCUUUGGGCCAAAAAAUAAACUCAUGGGAGUCAUCAAGAAAAGGACAUUCAUUCUUGAAUAAUCUGCACCUGAGGAAUGGAGAGCUGGUUAUCCAUCAAACAGGGUUUUAUUACAUCUAUUCCCAAACAUACUUUCGAUUUCAAGAACCUGAAGAAAUUUUGGGAACCGCUGCAACAGAAGAGAACAGAAAGAAAAACAAACAAAUGGUACAAUAUAUUUACAAAUGCACAAGCUAUCCUGACCCUAUACUGCUGAUGAAGAGUGCUAGAAAUAGCUGUUGGUCUAAAGAUUCGGAAUAUGGGCUCUAUUCUAUCUAUCAAGGUGGAAUAUUUGAGCUCAAGGAAAAUGACCGAAUUUUUGUGUCUGUAACUAAUGAGCAAUUGAUUGACAUGGACCAAGAAGCCAGUUUUUUUGGGGCCUUUUUAAUUGGCUAAAUGAUCCACAAAGAAAACAAAGUGCCAACAAAUCAUAAUAGAAUUUAUAUGGACCCAUCAAAGAACCUGAAUUACCAAAGAAUUACUGAAGAGAAAGAAAGAGGCUGGAGGAAUAACUCUCCCAGACUUCAGACAAUACUAUAGAGCUACAGUCAUCAAGACAGCAUGGUAUUGGUACAAAAACAGACGUGUAGACCAAUGGAACAGAAUAGAGAGCCCAGAAAUGAACCCACAAACUUUUGGUCAACUAAUCUUCGACAAAGGAGACAAGAAUAUACAAUAGAAUAAAGACAGUCUCUUCAGCAAAUGGUGUUGGGAAAACUGGACAGCAGCAUGUAAAUUAAUGAAACUAGAACACUCCCUUACACCAUACACAAAAAUAAACUCAAAAUGGAUUAAAGACUUAAACACAAGACAAGAUACAAUAAACCUCCUUGAAGAAAAUAUAGGCAAAACAUUAUCUGACAUACAUCUCAAAAAUAUUCUCCUAGGGCAGUCUACCCAAGCAAUAGAAAUAAAAGGAAGAAUAAACAAAUGGGACCUAAUUAAACUUACAAGCUUCUGCACAGCAAAGGAAACCAGAAGUAAAACAAAAAGACAACCUAAGGAAUGGGAGAAAAUCUUUGCAAAUGAAACUGACAAAGGCUUGAUCUUCAGAAUAUAUAAGCAUCUCAUAUGACUUAAUAAGAAACAACCAAACAACCCAAUCCAAAAAUGGGCAAAAGACCUAAACAAGCAAUUCUCCAAGGAAGACAUACAAAUGAUCAAUAGGCACAUGAAAAAAUGCUCAAUAUCACUAAUUAUCAGAUAAAUGUAAAUCAAAACUACAAUGAGGUAUCACCUCACACCAGUCAGAAUGGCCAUAAUUCAAAAAUCCUCAAAUGACAAAUGCUGGAGAGCCUGUGGAGAAAGGGGAACUCUCCUACACUGCUGGUGGGAAUGCAGUUUGGUGCAGCCACUGUGGAAAACAGUAUGGAGAUUCCUCAAAAGACUAGGAAUAGACUUACCGUAUGACCCAGGAAUCCCACUCCUGGGCUUAUAUCCAGAAGGAACCCUACUUCAGGAUGACACCUGCACCCCAAUGUUCAUAGCAGCACUAUUUGCAAUAGCCAAGACAUGGAGACAGCCUAAAUGUCCAUCAACGGAUGACUGGAUAAAGAAGUGGUGGUAUAUUUAUACAAUGGAAUACUAUUCAGCCAUAAAAACUGACAACAUAACGCCAUUUGCAGCAAUAUGGAUGCUCCUGGAGUAUGUCAUUCUAAGUGAAGUAAGCCAGAAAUAGAAAGAAAAAUGCCAUAUAAGAUCACUCAUAUGUGGAAUCUAAAAAAAAAAAACAUAAAUACAAAACAGAAACAGACUCAUAGACAUAGAAUACAAACUUGUGGUUGCCCAGGGGGUGGAGGGUGGGAAGGGAUAGAUGGGAUUUCAAAAUUGUAGAAUAGAUAAACAAGAUUAUACUGCAUAGCACAGGGAAAUAUACACAAGAUCUUAUGGUAGCUCACAGAAAAAAAAAGGUGACAAUGAAUAUGUAUAUGCUCAUGUAUAACUGAAAAAUUGUGCUCUACAGUGAAAUUUGACGUUGUAAAUGUAAAUAUUGUAAAUGUUGUAACAUUGUAAAAUGAUUUAUAAAUCCAUAAAAAAUGUUAAAAAAAAAAAAAAAAGAAAGAAAGAAAGAGAGAAAGAAAGAAAGAAAGAAAACAAAGUGCCUCUGGAAGCCUGACCCUUGGCAUUUCAGAGGAAUAUACGGCAGAAAUACUCCCGCAGGGCUGGCAAAAUAAGCCUGAGUACAGGUGCGCCAGCAAAAAGACUCUACAACACAAGCUGUUUUCAUCUCUCUGAAAAGUGACCAAUGUAUUUCAAGAAAGUAAAAUUGCCAAAAGAUCUUUGAUUCUAGCAGUUUUCUAGCAGAAUUUAGAAGAUUCUCGGUUUCUAGACAUUUGUGUGGUGACGAACAUUUUCUGCCUUUAUCACCUUUUCUUGUGAAGCCUGCAGAAGGAAAAAGAGCAUUGAUCCCUCUGUCGUGUAGUGUGUCACACUGCAGGUUGCUGUGAGGGACCUCAUUGCCAAAACUGAAAGGGAAAAGGACAGUACUGAGAAGUCAUUGUCAACGUAUGCAGGGUACAAAUGCAGUGUGCACAGUGCAGGGCCUUGGAGGACACGUCCUGUACACUCACAUUUGCUGGGAAUAAGAAAAUUCCAUUCGAAAUGUAUCAUUUCACUAAGCAAAUUCUAUUUAGUGAACAAGGAACCAUUUCUGAAUGACUUGUGCUUUUCACCACCAAAAACUAGGCUGGCCCAAAGCACUGAAGAUACUCUGAAUGAAAGAUUCAAAGGACUGACAAAUAACUCUUUAUACAGGAUACUUAAGAUUUCAUUAUAUAUUUGUAGUAAAUUUUAAAAUAAAAAUUUAUAUAACUUUUUUAAAUUAAGCCCUCUUAAAACAUGUAGUUUUUGUCUCAAUUAAUUGUAUUUGGAAUAAAAUUUGAGGCUUUUCCCAGA